UCAGACUGGAAACAUGUAAACACAUCGCUGCCCACACUGCACCGCUGCAGUGAGCCUACAUGCUUGGCCUUAUUGAUCUAUUCUCAAGAGGUAAACUAUGGAUAAUAUUUACAGGUUCCCCGUUUUCUUCGAGUGCCACAGCCUGACAGAGGAGCAGGUGAAGCGGGUGCAAACAUAUUUCCGUAUUCGCCGCAAAUCUGACGGAGGAGAGAGCGGCAAUCUGAGCAGGGUGGAUGAUAAAACCUACAGCAUUGCUUUCAGAUAUCAGAAGGAUCAGCAGAGGGUCCUGCGGAGAUCUGAGCAUGUUGUGGAUGGUCUGGUGUUCACUGUCCAAGGCAGCCUGGAACCUCUCGCUUCCUCUCCAAGUCAGGAUUUUAUAGCUCCAGAACAGAGCCCACAGUCCAUGCCUGCCUCAACACCUCCACCAAGUGGUGAAGAAUACAAACUACAACUUAAUGCUUACCUCCUUCGUUACCUAAAGGAAUGUCCAAAGGCUGGGAGAAAACUACAGACAGAACUCGCCUCUGUUUCCUGCUCUGCUCAGCUUUACCCGGAAGAGGGGAAGGUUUUAGUUAGCCGUUUAGCUCAACCUGGUGCUGCAGAUGAUGUUAGCAACUGGAAAGCAGAGGUAGACAAACUCUUUGAUGGCUACCUGUGCCACUAUGAGUUAGACUCUCACAAGGUCAAAGCUUUGCUUCAGGCCUGCAGCUCUCCUCAGACCACAGAUGAAGUAAAGGUGUACAGCGAGGUUGGGAUGGCUGUUGUUGUUGGGAAACGUUCCCAGGUGAAUGCCAGGUUGGCGGAAGUAGAGGACAGGGCAGGUUUAAGUAUGACGCAAACCAGCAUUUGUCGAGUGGGAGAGUCCAAGCUUCGUCUCCUCUGGAAAGAGAUUGAGCACAGUUUGGGACAGGAUUUUCCAGGAGUGAAGGUCACGCAGGGAGCUGCAGGUCAGUUAGCUUUGGAAGGUUCUGCAGAGGAGAUUCUUAAGGCUGGUGAAUGGAUCUCUGAUCAGGAGAGUUUGGUGUUAGAAAGGACAGUUCCUGACAUGAGCCCACAUUUUUUGGCCUUCUUGAGAAAGGCAUACGGAGGUCCAGGGGUGCUAGGUGACUUUUUAGGGGUUGGUGACAAGGUGGAAAUAGAAUUACGAGACACAGAGCUGCGGUUCUUCUCCCUCUCUGCUGAUAAACUGGAUCACACAGAAAAAAAACUGCAUGAAAUAUUCAGGGAAGUCAAGAUUGACGUUCCAAACUGCUCUGCUGUGCCAUCUGAGCUUCGGGAAAAACUUAAGUCCAAGACAAAAGAGAUAAACCAAGGCCAAUACAGGGCUCAGCUCGUGUUUGGCUCAGACAGCACAGUGUGCUUAUUGGGCCACACCAAAGAGGUUGAAGAGCUGAGUGAAGCCGUUGCACAGUUUAUUUUGGACCAGUCUAGUGUGCAAAGCAUAGUCCAUGUGCCUUUCUCAGAGUUAGCACAAGAGUUGCCACAACUACUGGAGCUGCAUGGUUUUGAUUAUUCAGGGGUCACCUUAAAUCCUUUAAUGUCUUCCUCUGGGCCCACGGUGGUGCUUGAGGGUGAAUCCAGCAAAGUGACGGAGGUCAGAGACAGGCUGUAUGAAUUUCUGGACUUAAUUCUUCAGGAUAGAGUAACCAUUGACUCGUUAGGUACCGUAAGAUUUACCCAAAGCCCCACUGGGAAAGAUGAACUUCUUAGUUUUGCACAUAAUUUUUCAUCUCUGAGUUUAAGUGAAGAAAACACAAUGGUUGCUAGCUACAGCCUUUGUGACGGGCUCCAGGUGCUGGUGUGUCAGGGUGACAUCACCAAACUGGAGGCUGAUGCUCUUGUGAACGCUGCCAAUGAAGAUUUGGACCAUGGUGGAGGUGUUGCUGCUGCACUGAGUAAAGCAGGCGGCCCUGAGGUGCAGAGGGAGAGCAGAGCUAUAAUAAAGCAGACUGGAAAGAUUCCUACAGGCGAUGUGGUAGUGACCACAGGGGGGAACCUAAACUGCAAGAGACUGCUGCAUGCUGUUGGGCCUGUAGGUGGAAAAUCAGGUGGCAAAGAAAGGGUGUUGUUGGAGAAAACCAUCCAGUCAGCUCUGAAUUUAUCAGAACUCUUGGAGUUCCAGUCUAUAGCCAUGCCCUGCAUCAGCUCAGGGACGUUGGGUGUUCCUGUCACUGUGUGCUCUGAGGCUAUUGUAACUGCUGUUAAGAAGUUUGGCAGUCAGGGGGGGAGAAGUCUGAGAAAAAUCAUCCUGAUUGAUAAUAGAGGAGAGGUGGUGAAGGCCAUGCAGGAAGCAUGUGACCGGCUUCUUCAAGGGAUGAGUACUGGAAACAGUGCACCAAGCUUACGAGGGUUCCUGUUGGGUGCUGCUGCAGAAGACACUGCAAGAGGAGCCACUGCUGAAGCUUCUGGAAAUGGCGUCUCUGUAGAGAUCAUUCAGGGAACCAUCGAGACCCAGCAGGUGGAUGCUGUGGCGUCACCCAUGGUUGGUCAUGAUCCUCUCUCUACCCGUGUUGGAAACACUUUAUUCAAUAUGGUUAAAUCCCACCUGACUGCAAGGUUCAGGGAAGAACGAGGAGAAGAAUCAGAGCCUGGUGACGCAGUCCUGGUGGAGGGCUUACCUGAACUUCCAUCUAGUGCAGUGUUCUUCCUCAACCUCGUCCCCUGGGAUGAUGACCCAUAUGGAACUGCAGUCCAGGUCCUGAGAUUGGCCAUCAACAACAUCCUAACUUCCUGUGAGAGGAGAGGGUUUGAAUCUGUCGCCUUCCCUGUGCUCGGUGCUGGGAUUGCCCUGCGUUUUCCUGACAGCGUGGUAGCCAGGGUUGUACUGGAGGAGGUUCGUGAGUUUGAACGGAACCGAGCCAGUGGAAAACCAUUCCUGGUCCGUAUCGUCAUCCACCCGACUGACAACGAAUCCAGUGAGGUCUUCAGGUCUGUCCAGGAAGGUUUACAACUCAAAGGAUUCACAAAAGAUGUUCACCAACCAGACAAAGUGUCAACUACAAAGAGGAUCAUCCUGCUGGGGAAAACUGGAUCUGGGAAAAGCAACCUAGCUAACACCAUAUGUGGAGAGAAAUUGUUCACCACAAACCAUACCCCCAACUCUGGAACGCAAAAAUGUCAAGCAGAAACCAAAUCCGUCAACGGAAGAAGCAUCACAGUGAUCGACACUCCUGGUUUCUUUGAUGCAGUCCGGUCUGAGGAGGAGCUGAAGCCUGAGAUAGUGAGGUGCAUCACAGAGUGUGCUCCUGGGCCUCAUGCUUUUCUCAUUGUGCUUAAAGUGGAGAAAUUCACAGAGCACGAGCAGGCUGUAAUCACUAAAAUAUGCCAGUAUUUCUCUGAAGAUGCUUUAAAAUACGCUGUGAUUGUCUUCACUCAUGGUGACCAGCUUCCUAAAGGAACGAAGAUUGAGGAGUUUGUCAGUCAGAAUGAGAAUCUGAGUGAUCUGGUGAAGAAGUGCGGCGGCCGGUGCCACGUCACAGACAACAAAUACUGGAAGAACAAACUGCAGAACAACUACAGGAGCAACCAGAUCCAGGUGGAGGAGCUGCUCAACACAAUAGACAAGAUGGUGAUGGAAAACAAUGGAGGCUACUACACCAAUAAGAUGUUUCAAGAAGUGGAGAAAGAAAUACAGAUUGAGGAAGAGCACAUAAAAAAGUCAUCAGAAAACAUGCCACCGGAGGAGAUCAGAAAAAAAGCUCAAACUAUAGUGUAUAAUAAAGUUUUGAUCAAAGUGGCAGGUACUGCAACAGGAGCAUUGUUAGGAGCGUUUUUUGGCAUAGCAGCGAUGGUUGGAUUAGUUAUCACAGUUUUGAAUAACUGCGCAUUAAUGAAACUUGUGAAGCAAGUUCCAGCAUUAGGAGGGGCUGCAGCAGUAGGGGGAGGAACAACAGGACUGGCAGUUGCUGGAGGGGUGCUGGGUGUGGCUACCACAGGCAUGGCUUUAACAGGAGGAGUAAUAGGUGGUAAUAUUGGACUUGAGGCAGCUGAGAGAGCAAAAACUCCAUGGGAGGCAGUAGAGCUGGCAGCUAAUGAUGUCAAAAACAAAGUAGAAGCUACUUUCAAGCUCAAAUAAGAAGCAGUGUGUAGAAUUUAGUGUAAGUUUUUGGCCGGGAGCCAAAUCCACAGCCUGUCACGAAGGGUUGGCUUAUUAUAGUGCCUUACUUGAAAAUGCUAAUGGCACUGCCUGGAGGGGGUGUUAAUUUUGUCCAUUUUGGGCUGCUGUAGAAACAUGGCAGUCUCCAUGGAUGAGGACCCGCUCCUUAUGUAGAUAUAAACAGCUCAUUCUUAGGUAACAGAAACACAUCUCUUUUAUUUCUUUUUUUUUUUUUUUUUUUUGGUUGCAUUUUUGAGGAUUAUUUAACAUAUGUAGAGACCGAAAAAGAUAUGGUUAAAGGGAAAAAAGACAAAACAUAAAUACAUACAUAAAACAUAAACAGAAAAGUUAGCAAUAUCAGGAAAUAAACGACAAUGAUAUAAUGAUAAUAAAUUAAGAAAUUUAAAAAAGAAAAAAAAUCAAAUUACUUAUUAGCUGCUAAAUGCUCCACUAUGUUCACCAGCAGGAAGCUAGAAGCUAAGUUAAUAAGAGUGUGCGAACCAUAAAACCCAAACAAGCUUAAAGGCUCCAUAGAGCUGAGGGGAACUGCAGGGUUGGGAGAUAACUCUUUGUAGGUUUGACACUUUAGGUGACGACUUUCACGUCAUGAGAAGUCACUUGAUCCAUUGCACAAACUCAAUAGUGCAGCUUUAACUAAAGGGGAGAAUGUUUGGAGCUGAGAACCAAUUAAAUUGAGACAAGCAGUGACUCUGAAAGGUGUGGCAGGAAAUGUUCAUGUUCAUAAAUGUUGUCAUUUAUAGAUGAUAUAAAAAUCAUUAUAAUAUGUAUAUAUAUGUAUAUUGUAAUGUCUAAAAUAAAUGAAAAUGAUAAGGAUUAAAGCAUCUGACAAUGUUAAAUUAUCUAACCGUGGUGGUUUGAUUGUGGGCUUUCCAGAACUUUAAGGUGAUGGAUGAUUUCCUUUUUACCCCCUGACCUGUUUCUGUAUAUUAUACCAUUAUUUUAUGCCAUUAUUUGUUUGUUAUAAUUCUGUUGACAACAAUAAAAGCACUUAUUGUUUACACAUUU